GUUGUUCCAUGUGGUUGUCACCCUUUCUAUCUUCUAUUGGUUUGUGUGAAGCCGUUUGUCUAUAGUUACCAAUGAUUUAUGGUGGUAAAAUCAAGGAACCCCGUUUUUGUCGAAUAAUUUUGAGGUUAAUAUGUCAACAUCCCGUGUAUCUGGUUUUGUCAGUUGUGAUAGUAGAAAGCAUCCGAUUUUUUUUAAGCGUUAAACGUACCAAAUUGAAAACAAAAUUUAAUCCAUACAGUAUGUCUCCGGAUGUGCAAAGAAAGAAGCUUGUGUCAGUGGGAAAUUAUAUUUUUACUGGAAACACUUUAGGAAAAGGAAAUUUCGCUAGAGUAGAAGAAGCCGUUCAUACUAUUUUAAAUGUAAAGGUAGCCAUUAAAAUCAUCGAUGUGAAUCAUAUUAAAGAAGAAUAUGUUAUCAAAAAUCUGUACCGAGAAGCGAAAAUAAUGUCGAAAUUGAAUCAUCCUUGUAUAGCUUUUCUUUAUCAAACGAUGCAGAGAUCGGACAACGUAUAUUAUCUUAUAACGGAAGUAGCUAGCGGUGGAGACUUGUGCGCUUUUGUGAAACGACAUGUACACGGUAAACUUCCAGAAAAACAAACUAAAAUAUACGCAAGACAAUUUUCGUCGGCCUUUAGUCACAUGCAUAACCUCAAAAUCGUCCAUCGUGAUUUAAAAAUGGAAAAUGUAAUGCUCAAUAGCAGACAAACACAAAUUAAAAUUGUAGAUUUCGGUUUAAGUAACUUUUGGUCUCCAGAUAAUCCUUUGAGGACCCACUGUGGUUCCCCCGAGUACGCGGCUCCCGAACUUUUUAUUACAGGUAAAAAAUACGGACCGGAAGUUGACUUGUGGAGCUUCGGUAUCAUUUUAUACGGUAUGGUCCUCGGUCAGUUACCUUUUGUUACUAGCAGAUCCACACAGCUUCCGUCUCAAGAAAGAAGAAAGCAAUUGGUAGAACAGAUAAACAAAGGCUUGAGUACGUCUCAUCGUAGAGCUCUGUCAUCGUUCACAACGGAAUUUAGAAGUUUGAUGAGUAGAUUAUUAGUGGCGGAUAUCACGAGAAGAAUCACAACUAAAGAAUUAGCAGUCCAUCCGUGGAUAACAGAUAGAGGUAAAAAGAUAAUAGUCGCUAAUCCUCUGAAGAAUUUAGAUUCUUACGAAAAGAGUAAAAUAGUGAGUAAAAUCAAUACAUCUUUACAAAUGGAGCCUAAAGUUUUGAGUUCGACUUUAGUUCAAGAGCCUUUAGGUAGAAUUGCGGGUAUGUUUAAUAUUCUCAAACGACGAUAUCAACUGAGUCAAGUACAUGGUGACGGCACUUCACAAACCAUGUCAUCGUUGAACAUUUUCGAAUUAAAAAAUUUGUCGAAAUCUUUGGAAAAAAAAAGUUCGAGCAGUACUAGAGAACACAAAUUGAAAAUGCUACAAACCGCUUUCCAAAAAUCCCAAACGACCCAAACGCAAACGAAAAAACCUGAUUAUCGUUCGCCGAGAGUGUCAUUAAGCGAAGGAAAACCGUCGAAACCAACCAAUCCAAUCAUCGAACAAGAAAAAAUCAAAUCAGCGAAAAUAAAAAAAUAUUCCAAAAUCAGACCAAACACUGUACAAGAAAUUAUUAAACAAGAACACGAAUUGGAGAAAAUUGAGGAAUCUAUUAGACCCAGUACCGUUCAGCCACUUUCGCAAACAAAAAGUUCCCCUGUAGAUUAUAGAGAAAUCAAAUCUCCUUGUUUAAGAAGAAAAGUUUAUUCCGCCACUAUAACCCAACACAUCAAUUCCCCAAAACAAAAUAAAUCACCUACAAAUUUAAAACAAAAAGAUAUUCCUCUAGUACCUACAAAAGCAUCGGAAAAACUUGACGUUCCGUUCGGAAUCAAACUUCCUAAACUGAUACUACACAAUUCGAAACCCAACAAAAAACAAAUCCCUCUACUUCCAAAAAAAUCCAAGAACCUAAAACCGAAAGAGAAAGAAUAUACGGCUAAGAUAGAACUCAAAAGAAGUAGCGAUUUGAAAGCUUCAAAAAAGUUACUAGAAAUAUCGCAUUCCACCGAAUCGCCCCAUUAUUCCAAGAAAGAAGUAUCGUUACGACCUCCUGACGCGAAUCCAGAAAAUACCAACUCGAAAUCAGAACAUAGAACAAGAAGACCGCCAACUACAGCUCCUUUACAUGAAAUAUUAGAAACAUCUCUAAGAACAGCAGGCAUUGUAACUUCUAAUUCAAAAUCGAUUAGAAAGCACUCCGGAUCAACUAAUAUAAACGUUGGUUCAAAAGAAAGGAAAGAAGAACCUGUUGAUAGAUCCAAUAUGGCUUACGGUGAUUACGUUAGCCGUGCCUCGACGACUCCAGCAGGACAUAACAAAAAAUUAGCUAUUUAUGAUCCUAUCGCCAAAUCCAUAGCUGAUUAUGUUUCAAACAACGUUUCUAAUAAGAUUUACCAUUACCCUUGGCUUAAAAAAUGAAAGUUAUUGUUGAAAUAAGUCAUAUUAAAAUGUAAAUAAAAUUUACUCAAAUAACAAAAUGGCAAUAACUACUA